AGUAGUUUUAUGUUAAUAAUAUUAUGCACAAAAUAAUAAAAAGAAUCUAUUGGUAUAAAAAGAUUACAUAACUGUUUUUUUACUAAAAAAACAUGAUAUUGUGUACUAAAUACCUAUAUGCACAAAAAGAUGAGAAAAAUUAUUUUUUAUAAAGAAAAUAAAAUCUAAAAGAACAGUAAAAUAAAGGUGAACAUAAAAGUCUAUUAUAGUUUUUGGACAUCUCCAAUAAUAAGCGAGAUAUGAAUUUUUUAAUUUGUACGAAUGAGAGCGCACCGAAAGAAGUGCAGGAGCUCGAUUCUUGAAUUCAUUCGCAAAAGAAACGUAUUUACAAAUUCUGAACUUAUAGAAAAGUUAGAAAUUUAUUGGCUGUUGUAUGGCUUUUAACCAAUAAACUUGCAACUUUUCUGUUUAAAAGGGUAUUUGCGCAUACGUUUCUCUUGCGAAUAAAUUCAAGAAUCGAGCCUCUGAGCCACUUCAGCUAUAGCACGGCUCAUUGUGUCAAGCAUUGGCUGCCGGUUCGAGCGGCUUAGCGCUGCUUUCGGUGCGCUCUUAUUUGUUCAAUUUAAAAAAUUAUUAUUUUGGCUAUUAUUGGAGAUAUCCAAAAACUAUAGUAGAUUUUUAUGUUCACCUUAAUCUCGUCUAUCUUUCUAUUAAGUAUUGCAUACAUUAUACGAGACACCGUGUAUAUAGGGCGUUUUCUGUAAAUGGAGACCUCUCUCUGCCCAGAAUAUACUUCAAUAUUAAAAAAGCAGCAAGUGCGCAAAUUAUAGCUAAAAACGUCUAUUUUUAAAUGUCGUUUGGUAUUUUUUGAAAAAUUUAGUACAAGAUACCAAUAUGGUGUCAAAUUGAGACUAUUUUCCCUCAUUUAUGAACAGAAUAUUUGAACAAAAUAUCAAGACACAAUAUAUAGACUUUAAAAUGCGUUUUCAGAGUAGCUGAAAAUUUCUAGAUACUCAUUUUAGUUAAAAUAUUAUUUUUUGAUACUUCGAUCGAAUAUUCUGCGUGUAACUCACUGAUUUUAGUUAUAAUUUGUUCGAAACUGAUGAACAAUUAUUGCAAACGUAUAAUAUUACAAAUUUAAAAAUCAGAAAUUUUCGAGCUAACUACAAAGGGUUUCAAAAUAUAGAUUAUAAUAUAGCUGAACAAUCUAAUAGUAAUGUGUCUACAACUGGUAAUCAACAAUCAUUUGUAUUAAAAAAAUACACAAAAAGAAAAUGUAACAAAUAAUAUGGCUGGACUAUCUAAUAAUAAUUUGUUCGGAACUGAUGAACAAUUAUUGCAAACAUAUAAUAUUACAAAUUUAAAAAUUAGAAAUUUUCGAGCUAACUACAAAGGGUUUUAAAAUACAGAUUAUCAUAAUUUAAGUCAACAUUAUGUAGAAAAAAUGGAAGUCGAGUGUCAAUAUUGUAGAGGGAAACAUUUUCACGCUGAAAAAGUUCACAAUAAAGAUAACUCAUUCAAAGAUAGUUGUAAUCAUGGAAAAGUUAUAUUGGAACCUUUACCAACAUUUUUUAAUGAACUACAACAAUUAUUUUUGGGAAAUCAUAAAAAAUCUAAUAAGUUUUUUUAAAAACCUAAGAAGUUACAAUGGUGCAUUUUCUUUUGCAUCUUUUAAUGCUAAUUUGGUUAAUUUUAAUGCAUAAAAACGAGGACCUUAUUGUUUCAAAAUUCAAGGUUAAAUUUAUUACCAAAUUAAUACUGCAUUAUAUCCUGCUAUAAAUGAGCAAUCAAGUUAUGGACAGCUUUUUAUUCUUGACGCUAACGAAGCUACAGAAUGCCGUUUAAAUGUAAAUACAAAUCUUCAUGAAGAGUUAUUGCGUACAUUAGAUGACAUUAUUCGUAAUAAUAAUAUACUUGUUCAAUCAUAUCAAAUGAUGCACGAAGAAGUACUUAAUCAAAAAAGUUUAGGUUUAAAUAUACCUAAUUUAAAAAUAGGAUUUUUAAAUAAAAAAACAGGCAUUGAUCGUGGAAGAUAUAAUGUUCAAAAAAUUAAUAAAGUUGCUGCAAUAUUUUCAACUACUGCAGAUGGAAAUAUUCCUGAUUAUUAUGUUACAAUUAGAAACAAAUGUGAUAAAACUUUAAAAUACGUUAGUAUGGAUCCAAACGUUGAACCUUGGAUUUAUCCAAUGUAUUAUCCAUAUGGUACACAAGGUUGGCAUGAUAAUAUUAAACAAAUCGGAUGGAAAACGUGUAACUAGAUCCAUGUAUGUUCAAUACCGAAUGGCUGUAUGUAAUAAUGUCAAUGUUUUUUUAAUAGGUAAACGGCUAUUUCAACAAUGGCUUGUUGAUAGCUAUGUAAAAACAGAAAAAGAUAGAAUUAAUUGGUGUAAAGAAAAUCAAAAACAUUUGAGAGUGGAAAAGCACCAAGGACUGAUUGACUAUUUAGAAAAAAAGUGGCUGAUACUAAUGUUUAUAUUGGACGUGUAAUAAUACUUCCUUCUACAUUUAUUGGUUCACCUAGAAAUAUGAUGCAAAAUUAUCAAGAUGCGAUGACUAUUGUUCGCAAAUAUGAAACGCGGUUUGCCGCACAUACAUAUGUUAAUAACUAUGAAACAAAAUUGCAAAAUUACUAAUUUGGAAACUGUUGAUAAAUAUAUUUCUGCUGAAAUUCCCGAUCCUGCUAUUGAUAAAAAUUUACAUGAAAUUGUCAAGAAGAAUGUGAUUCAUGGACCAUAUGGUGAUUGGUGUAUGAUAAGUGGAAAAUGUUCAAAACAUUUUCCAAAAUCCUUUCACGAAGAAACAACUAUGGAUGAAAAUGGUUAUCCACAAUAUCGUCGAAGAGACACUGGCAUUUUGUAUGAGAAACCCGAAGAAUUUGUAGUAGAUAAUCGGUUUGUUCCUUAUUGUCCCAUAUUAUCACAAAUUUUUAAUUGUCAUAUUAAUGUUGAAGUUGUUUCAAGUAUUAAGUCAGUAAAGUAUUUAUACAAAUAUAUUUACAAAGGUCACGAUGCAGCAUCUGUAGUUAUAGAACAAGAUGUGAAUAAUGUAGAAAUUGUUUAUGACGAAAUCAAAGAUUUUAUUGAAGCACGCUAUGUAGGACCAGUUGAAGCUUACUGGCGUUUGUAGGUAAAACAUUACAAGAGAAGAGUCAUGCUAUUAUUCGUCUAUCUGUACAUUUGCCAAAUGAACAGAUUAUACAAAUAUAUUUACAAAGGUCACGAUGCAGCAUCUGUAGUUAUAGAACAAGAUGUGAAUAAUGUAGAAAUUGUUCAUGACGAAAUCAAAGAUUUUAUUGAAGCACGCUAUGUAGGACCAGUUGAAGCUUACUGGCGUUUGUAGGUAAAACAUUACAAGAGAAGAGUCAUGCUAUUAUUCGUCUAUCUGUACAUUUGCCAAAUGAACAGAAUGUUAUUAUAUCUAAUAAAUCAAAUUAACAAGAUUUACAAUCUGCUUUAGAUCGUAUAACAAUGUUAAUGGAUUAUUUUAAAUAAAAUAAACGAAAUGUUGAUGCACGUCAGUAUGUAUAUACAGAUAUACCUUUAUAUUUUGUAUUUAAAAAGGUAACAUUUAACGGAAAACAAAUUUAUCGUUGGAAAAAACGUCAAUGUCAUUUUAACUAUAUUGGACGCAUGUACUCAGUUAGCCCAACUGAAAUCGAAUUAUUUUAUUUACGUAUUCUUUUAUUGAAUGUCAAAGGAGCAACAUGCUAUAAUGACUUAAAAACAGUCAAUGGUGAAUUACAUCAAACGUUUACUUCUUCAUGUUUAGCUUUAGGCUUAAUUGAAGAUAAUGAAGAAUAGAAAUGUGCAAUGAACGAAGCUUCUAUUUGGAUGAUGCCAAGACAACUUAGGUUACUUUUUGUUCGAAUAUUAAUACAUUGCCAACCAGGGCAUUCAAAAGAAUUGUGGGAUGAAUUUCAAGUUGCAAUGUCAGAAGAUUACAUACGACAAUUUGGACGAGUCACUGGGAUAAGAAAAGCUUAUAUUCAAAUUGGUCAAUUACUUUGCAAAGAAGAUUGGGAACUUUCACAAUUUCCAGAAAUGGAACAAAUAACGAUUGAAUAUGAAAAAGAACAUGCCAAACAAUUGGAAAAAGAAGUCUUACUUGGUCAACAACAAUACAGUCAGUUAAAUCAUGACCAAAAAAUAAUUGUUGAUUAUGUUUUAACUCUUUUAGAAAAAACUGAUGGUCAACAAUUAAAAUGUUUAUACAUUGACGGUUUAUACAUUGACGGUUUAUACAUUACCUGGAGAUUCAGGUAAAAUUUUUGUUUAUACAACAUUAUAUUAUAUUACUAUUUACUCAAGUCUCAAAACAAAGUUGUUAGUACAAUGGCUUUCACUGGUUUCGCUGCAACGUUACUACCGAAUGGAAAAACAACACAUAAAACUUUAGGUUUGCCCAUGCCUCUUUUUGCUGACUCAACAUCGAAUAUAAAAAUUCAAUCAAAAGAAGCUGAAUGUUUGAAGAAAACAGAUGUUUUUAUUUGGGAUGAAGCACCAAUGGCACCGCGAUAUGCUCUUGAAGUGAUGGAUCACCUUUUGCAAGAUUUAAUGCAAAAUAAUCUAAAAUUUGGUGAUAAAAUUGUUAUUCUUGGUGGGGAUUUCAGACAAUUAUUGCCAGUACAACAAAACGUUACACGGUCUGAAAUUGUAAAUUUGUCAAUUAAAUUUAGCUCAUUAUGGCAACAUUUCAAAAUCUUUUCAUUAACGGAAAAUAUGCGUAUUUUACGACAUGAACAAGAAUUUGCUAAUUUUUUAUUAGAUUUGGGAAAUGGUACUUUGAAUGAUCAAUUUAAUAAUAUUGAAGUUCUACUGAGAUGUGUAGCAGAUUUGAACGCAAAUAUAGUAAAAGAUACAUACGAAGAAAUAUUUAAACACUAUCAGUAUAGACUUACAGCAAAACGUGCUAUACUUUCUGCACGAAAUGUUGAUGUGGAGGAACUAAACAAACAAGUUGUAAAUUUACUUGACGAAUCAACAGAAAGAGUGUAUACAAGUAUAGACACUACAGAAACUAUUAACGAUAUUCAUGAUAUUAAUAAAACUAUUUUAACAGAAUAUUUGAGUACUUUAAAUCCAGCGAUUCUUCCACCUCAUAAACUUCGAUUAAAAAAAUACACGAUUAUCAUGUUGAUUAGAAAUCUAAACAUCAGCGAAGGUUUAUAUAAUGGAACAACAUUGUUAAUUUUAGAGUUAAGAAACAAUUUGUUAAAAUGCGAAAUUUUAACUGGUGAUAAAAAAGGGGAAAUAGUUUUUUUAAAUCGCAUAACUUUAUAUUGUGAAAACGUUUAUUCAUUUGUGAUGAAAAGAAGACAAUUUCCGAUAAAAAUAGCUUUUGCUAUGACAAUAAAUAAAUCACAAGGACAAACAUUUGACAAAAUUGCAAUUGAUUUAAGAAAAGAUAUUUUUAAUCAUGAUCAACUUUAUAUGGCAUUUUCACGAGUUAGAUCUUGGAAAUCAUUGAAAAUUGAUUUAGGACAAAAAAGACAAAAUAGAUUAAUAAAAAAUUAUGUAUAUACAGAAAUGUUUCAAUAAGAAUGUCUUUAAUUGAUUUUACAAUAUAAAACAUAAUUG